GUGCUAGAAGCAAUUAUAUCGUUUCCGGUGCAGCAGCAUACAGCGAUACUACAAAGAUGGCCGACAGGCUAACGCAGCUACAGGAUGCUGUAAAUUCGCUCGCCGAUCAGUUCUGCAACGCCAUCGGGGUUUUACAGCAAUGUGCGCCUCCGGCGUCCUUCAGCAACAUCCAGACCACCAUCAACAAGGACCAGCCGUCUAACCCCACCGAAGAGUACGCACAGCUUUUUGCUGCCCUCAUCGCCCGAACAGCCAAGGAUGUGGAUGUGUUGAUCGACUCCCUGCCCAGCGAGGAGUCCACCGCUGCACUGCAGGCGGCCAGCUUGCGGCAGCUGGAGGAGGAGAACCAUGAAGCUGCCACACGGCUGGAAGAGGUGGUGAACCGCGGGGACAUGCUGCUAGAAAAGAUCCAGAGUGCGCUGGCUGACAUCGCCCAGUCGCAGCUGCGGACGCGCAGCGGAGCUCCCAGCCAGCCUUCACUACUGGACUCCUGACACCAGGAGACACGAGUCAGAUUUGCAAACAAAUAUGCAGAACUUAAUGCUGGCAGUCUGUCUGAAAGCUCCUUUUAAAGUCCCUUGAAAGUAUUAUUUUUGGCUUCUUUGUGAAAGAAAACAAAACCUCUUCCAAACUUAUGUAAAUACUGUUUUGUUUUUUCAUUAAAGUAUGUAUUU